UGGUCAGGUUACAUAUGAGAUUCCAAUUAGAACAAUCAGAUUAUGUUUGACAAGUACGUGUGAAUAUAACGAAACCAAUCUUUGAAUCACAAGAUUAAAUAAUGAUUUUUACUUUAUUUCGACAAGUUCAAGUUGAUUUCAAGCGAAUACAAGAAAAUAAAUGGAUUCUACCUUGUAAUAAUCUUACUAUCUUCAAAUUUCUCUUUUUCUCGCAUCACUAUGUUAGAAUGAACGAGGAUGUUCAUCUUCAAGAGGGAAAGCUGUUAUCAAAGUAAUUCUCGAUGACCCUACUAUCACCUCAUCAUCUUAAUUACAUUAUGUUUUGUCUUCUAUAUGGUGCGAUCAUCAUUAUAUAUGCUAUUGUUCAAGAUAUAGCGUGAUUCUACGAACACAUGAAUACACGCAUUUUCUUUAUCUUUUUUUCUCUUGUCUGCCUUUUGUUUUUCCCUCUUAUUAUUAUUAUUAUUGUUGUUGAACCUAUACGUUUGGAUUUUUUUAAAUAAACUAUAUAACCAAUACAAGCAAUUAUCAAUACUUGUACUUUUAAUUGAAAAUCUAACUGAUAAUAGUAUUGAAUUUUAAAAAGAAUAUGGACAAAAUUUAUUACAAGUUAGUUAACGUGCAUUAGAUUCAAUAUUUUCAGCAUUAAGAAAUUUACUUCAUGAAUCACCAUUAAAUAAACGUAUACAAUAUAUGAUUGAAGUUUUAUUUGCUGUACGAAAAGAUCAAUUUAAAGCUAAUCCAUCUGGUCUUGAUUUAGUUAAUGAAAAUGUUCAAUAUACACAUAUGUUUGCAUUAGAUGAUCCAUGUAAACUUGAACCAAUGCAUGAUGAAAAUAGUGAUGAUGAAGAGAAAUCAAAUAUUGGUUCAUUCGAUAGUGAUGAAGAAAGUAAGUAG